AUGGCUCCCAAAUCUAUCGUCAGCCUCUUCUCGCUUCUGCCCAUCACCACUGUCCUUGCCUUGAAUCCUAGCUGUGCACCUGGAGGCAAUUUCGACUUUACUGUCUGGAGUCUUCAGCUCCCCACAGGCAGCGACGGCAGCGUCGACACCAUCAAGAGCAAAGCUCUUCAAGGCUGCAGUGGCUAUACUGGCCCUACGUUCUACACCGACAAGACCAAUGGCGAGCUCAUUCUUACGGCACCGGGUAAUCCGGACCUCACUGGCUGUGCCACCACCUCCGGCAGCGAGCACUGCCGGACUGAGCUGCGCGAAGUAAACAAGAGUGGCCAAAACACCAAUUGGCCUCCUACUGGCACCAACACGAAUACCGUGAGCUUAAAGAUUGUCAAGGCAGACGACGGCACUCACGGCACGGCCAUUGGCCAGGUCUUUGCCGCCGAGGCCAGCAAGCCUCUUGCCGAGAUGUACUACAGCACCAAAGGCGACAUUGUCGUCGGCGUGAAGCAAGAUGCGGAUAGCGAUCAGGUUGUUACCAAGCUUGGAAACGUCCCUGUGGGAACGUACUUUACCUACAUCAUGUCCUAUUCGAAUAAUGUCUUGAGUAUUUCUAUUAAUGGAAACAAGACGACGCUUUCGACCUUUAACUGGGACUCUCCUAAUUGCUAUUUCAAGACUGGGAAUUAUAAUCAGGGCAAGACGGCGGUUACGUCUGAGGUGCAUAUCCAGUCUAUCAAGGUGGUGCACUCUUAG